UAAAAACCCCGCCUCAGCCCUGCUCCCACACUACUGGCUUUUCUUCCCGAAUCCUCAACGUCGGCCAGAAGGAAAAUCUGACAAAAUGCGUGAGUGUAUUUCUAUGCACGUCGGUCAAGCUGGAGCCCAGAUGGGCAAUGCAUGCUGGGAGCUCUACUGCCUGGAGCAUGGAAUCCAGCCCGACGGGCAGAUGCCCAGCGACAAGACGAUUGGAGGAGGCGAUGACUCCUUCAACACCUUCUUCAGCGAGACCGGGGCUGGCAAACACGUCCCCCGCGCUGUUUUUGUUGACCUGGAGCCCACUGUCAUCGACGAGGUUCGCACAGGCACCUACCGCCAGCUGUUCCACCCUGAGCAGCUCAUCACCGGGAAGGAGGAUGCUGCCAACAACUACGCCCGUGGGCACUACACCAUCGGCAAAGAGAUCAUUGACCUGGUGCUAGACAGAACCCGCAAAUUGGCAGACCAAUGCACCGGGCUCCAGGGCUUUCUCAUCUUCCACAGCUUUGGUGGUGGCACUGGGUCUGGGUUCACCUCCCUGCUAAUGGAGCGUCUCUCUGUCGACUACGGCAAGAAGUCCAAGCUGGAGUUUGCUGUCUACCCAGCUCCCCAGGUGUCCACAGCUGUGGUGGAGCCCUACAACUCCAUCCUGACCACCCACACCACCCUGGAGCACUCCGACUGUGCCUUCAUGGUGGACAACGAGGCCAUCUAUGAUAUCUGUCGCAGGAACCUGGACAUCGAGCGCCCCACCUACACCAACCUCAACAGGCUCAUCGGCCAGAUCGUCUCCUCCAUCACAGCCUCCCUGCGCUUUGAUGGGGCCUUGAACGUGGAUCUGACAGAGUUCCAGACCAACUUGGUGCCCUACCCCCGUAUCCACUUCCCACUGGCUACUUACGCCCCAGUAAUCUCUGCUGAGAAGGCCUACCAUGAGCAGCUGUCUGUGGCUGAUAUCACAAACGCCUGCUUUGAGCCAGCCAAUCAGAUGGUGAAAUGCGACCCCCGUCAUGGCAAGUACAUGGCCUGCUGUCUGCUGUACCGUGGAGACGUGGUGCCCAAAGAUGUCAACUCAGCCAUCGCCACCAUCAAGACCAAACGCACCAUCCAGUUUGUGGACUGGUGUCCCACCGGUUUCAAGGUGGGUAUCAACUACCAGCCUCCCACUGUGGUGCCUGGAGGAGACCUGGCCAAGGUCCAGAGGGCCGUGUGCAUGCUGAGCAACACCACCGCCAUCGCUGAGGCCUGGGCCCGCCUGGACCACAAGUUUGACCUGAUGUAUGCCAAGCGUGCCUUUGUCCACUGGUAUGUGGGAGAGGGCAUGGAAGAGGGAGAGUUCUCCGAGGCCAGAGAAGACAUGGCAGCCCUGGAGAAGGACUAUGAAGAAGUGGGCACUGACAGCGUAGGGGAGGAGGAUGAAGAAGGGGAGGAGUACUAAUAAGGAAAAAAGUCUCCAUGGUUACUGACCCCAUAUUCCGGUCCCACAGCUACAUCCUGUUAACUGUUUACGGACUCCACCGAAUCUUGAAUGGACAAACAAUUUUAGAAACCUUCCCAAAGUGUAAACAUACAUUCCAUUUUGCAAUUAUGGUAAAAUCACUGCCAUAAAUGUCAUCAUGCUGGGUCAAAAUUUGA